GAGGAGGCUGGACCCGACCUGGUUUGUGUUUUCAUGCCCGGGGGGGGCUCACAACCCAUUUUUUUUCUCUCCCUGAGCUGCAGCCUGCGCACUGUAUCACUGCGCGCAGAAUCUAGUUCCGGCUCCGGGCAGGUUGGUCGGGGAAAGAGUCUGGUGCUGGAGCAGAGGCGCGCGAGCCACAGCCAGAGUCAGAGCGUCCGCGAGCGCAGUGACCAUUCGCUCCCGCUUUCCGAGCACGGCUGGAGGCAGGUGGGAGGGAGGAGGCAGGGCAUGCAGGACAGCAGCGCGUGCCAGUGAAACGGAGCUUCUACCACAAAGAUGAGCGCGGACUCGCGGCGGCUCCGCGCGGCGCUGCUCUGCCUCGCGCUGUGCGCUGUUGGAACCGACUCCAAGGCCUGCAGCGGGUGUUCCACGGCCAGAUGUGACUGCAGUGGAGUCAAAGGAGACAAGGGGGAGAGGGGCCUGCCGGGCCUCACCGGACAGCCCGGGGUGCCAGGGUUCCCCGGACCCGAAGGACCGAUUGGAUCCAGAGGAGAGAAGGGGGGUGAUGGUCUUCCAGGACUUCCAGGUCUAAAAGGCAUCCGCGGACCUCCAGGAUUACCAGGAUUUCCAGGAACUCCUGGAGUUGCAGGAAUCCCAGGACACGAUGGUCCUCCCGGCCCCAGAGGUAUCCCAGGAUGCAAUGGGACAAAGGGUGACCGAGGUUUCCCAGGAAGUCCAGGAAUUCCAGGAUAUGAAGGACAGCCGGGUCCUCCAGGACCAUCUGGACAGAAGGGUGAACCCGGAGAACUGAUUCCUGACAAUAUUUAUGGAAAUAAAGGAACAGUGGGAUAUCCGGGACCACCGGGACAGCCGGGAGCUACAGGGCCUCCCGGCUUCCAGGGUCCAAGUGGCCCCCAAGGACCGAGAGGUUAUCCGGGUCAGCCCGGUGCACCUGGUCCUCCUGGCCCAAAGGGUAACAUGGCUCUGAAGUUUGAAGGAGCCAAAGGACAGAAGGGGGAGCAGGGUGUGCCGGGACCGCCGGGUCCUCCUGGAAAGCAGGAGGAGCAGAGUCGAUCACCAGAAGAUGUGAUUCAGAGAGGAGAUAAGGGUGACCCCGGAUAUCCUGGGCCUCGAGGGGACCCGGGCUCCCCAGGACCCCCUGGCCCAUCCGGUGGAAGGAAAGGAGAGAAAGGAGAGCCCGGAGAGCCAGGCAAACGAGGAAAACCAGGAAAAGACGGCGAUCCAGGUCCUUCAGGAAUCCCAGGAUUCAAGGGGGAACCGGGCCUGCCGGGUCUCCCGGGCCGGGAUGGGGGAGCUGGACAGAAGGGGGAACGUGGAUACCCAGGUCCUCCAGGAGAGGUUAUCGGUGGCAUUGAUCAAGGUCGGGUUGGCCCAAAGGGUGAACCGGGUAUACCGGGAUCACCGGGACCCAAAGGUGACAGAGGACCACAAGGUUUCUCCGGACCUCCAGGAGAACCGGGUCGCCCGGCUACAGGAGGCAGUGGUUUGCCCGGAGCUCCAGGCUAUCCAGGAGAGAAGGGCCAAAAAGGACGACCUGGAGAUCCAGGGAUCUCGCUGCCCGGCCCGCCAGGGCGUCAAGGAGGUCCUGGGCCUCCCGGUCCACAGGGGCCUCCUGGGCCUCAAGGUUUUUCCUCCUCCACAGACAACUGCCCUCCGGGAGCGCCUGGAAUUCCUGGACCCUUGGGAGAUAGGGGUUUCCCAGGAGAACAGGGUCAGAAAGGUGAGAAGGGGGACACCUGUGUGAACUGCUUCGGAGUCACCAACGGCGUCCCUGGACCCCAGGGACCUCCUGGGCAGCCUGGAUUUCCUGGAACGCCUGGCCCCGCAGGAGUCAAGGGGGACAGAGGAUUCCCAGGACCAACUGGUCCAACCGGACCUCCUGGUAAUCCUGGUCCUCAAGGGCCUGCAGGGUUCCGUGGGGAGAAAGGAGAUCCAGGAGAAGCUGUCAGCGUUUCAGGUCUGAAGGGGGAGAAAGGUGACACUGGCUUUCCUGGAUUGCCCGGUCCAUCUGGUUUGGAUGGUCGACCGGGUCGGGAUGGACCACCCGGACCUCCUGGGCCCAAAGGACUCCCUGGUUCUUCACGGACGAAAGGAGAGCCAGGGCCACCCGGUGAACCAGGUGUACCUGGCAUCCCUGGAGACAGAGGUCCUCCUGGUUCACCUGGUUAUGGACCUCCAGGACCACAAGGAGACAAAGGUGUCCAGGGUGUGUCUGGAAGACCGGGACCUUCUGGAAAUCCAGGUCCUAAAGGUGAACCGGGUCUAGCAGUGGCAGAGAAAGGUUUACCAGGACCCAGAGGACAGGAUGGUGAGCCAGGACGUCCAGGUCCACCAGGAACCCCAGGUCAGCCUGGACAGCCUGGCUUCCCUGGUUCACCAGGAGGGAAGGGUGAUCCAGGAGUCCCAGGAAGCGGACUGCCUGGCCCUCCUGGACCUAAAGGAUUCCCAGGUAUUCCAGGUCAGCCAGGUGCACCUGCUGAACCAGGUAGACCAGGAGUGGAUGGAUUCCCUGGCCAGCCAGGGCUCCCUGGACCCAAGGGAGAGCCUGGAUUUGGACUUCCUGGGCCCCCAGGUCAGCCAGGACUACAAGGACCAAAGGGUUUUGCUGGACCAAAGGGAGAUCCAGGUUUUCCUGGAAGUCCUGGUCAGCCAGGACGUUCUGGAUUCGACGGAGUUCCAGGUCUCAAAGGUGAGCCUGGAACACCUGGUAUUCCCGGACCUCGAGGACCACCUGGAACCCCGUCUUCUGGAGCCCCUGGGCCCAUGGGUCCUCCUGGAUUUCCUGGUCCAACAGGAUCACCUGGGUUCCCUGGAGCGAAGGGAGCUAAAGGAGACCCCGGUAUUCCAGGUAGAGACAUGCCAGGUCAACCAGGAGAAAGAGGAAAUCCUGGUUUCCCAGGUUCCCCAGGACCAGUGGGAACUCCGGGACCACCUGGAGGUCCUGGACGUGAUGGCAUUCCCGGAGCUCCAGGUCAGAAGGGUGACAUAGGUCCCAUGGGCCCUCCUGGACCUUCUGGAGGACCAGGGGGUCCAGGAAUCCCCGGUGGUCCAGGAUUUAAAGGUGAUCCAGGCUUUCCAGGAAGAGAUGGCCCACCAGGCCCUGGUGGUCCAAAAGGAGACAGGGGAGAUCCUGGUCUGCCAGGCCCUCCAGGAUUCUCCAGGCCACAAGAAAACAUUAAAGGAAUUAAAGGAGAUCCUGGACCACCAGGCCCUGCAGGUUUUCCAGGGCAGAAGGGCAUCGCUGGACUUCCCGGUGACCCUGGUCUUCCUGGAACAGAUGGACGGCCUGGAACUCCAGGACCACAAGGGCCUAAGGGAGAUUCUGGUAUCCCUGGAAGUCCGGGUGGUCCUGGAUUCCCAGGUCCAAAGGGCAACAUGGGGGAUAUGGGAAUUCCAGGACCUUCAGGUCUGAAGGGUCUCCCAGGUAUUUCAGGAAGGCCAGGAUCCCCAGGUCAACCCGGAGCACCUGGUUUCCCAGGAAGUAAAGGUGAACCUGGCUCUGCUGGUGUUGGACCUCCAGGACUGUCGGGGCAGAAGGGUGAGCCAGGCCAGCCGGGAUUCCCGGGAAGUCCAGGAUUGAAAGGAAGUCCAGGAUUACCUGGACUUUCGGGUGGACCGGGAGGACCAGGUGCUAAGGGGGAGCCUGGCCUGCCAGGAUUUAUAGGAUCUCCAGGUCCCACGGGCCCUAAGGGUCUAGAUGGAGAGCCUGGUAUUCCAGGUCUCCCAGGUGGUCCAGGUAGACCAGGAGAGCCAGGUUUGCCUGGACAACCAGGAAUCCGUGGAGACAAAGGUCAAGCAGGUCGGGACGGAAUUCCAGGACCACCAGGAGUCAAAGGAGAUCCAGGAAUUCCUGGUUUUGGUGGUCCUGGUCCUUCAGGGAUUCCUGGUAUCCCGGGCACAAAGGGAGACCCAGGUCUUCCCGGUCCAGCUGGUACUCCAGGUUUUCCUGGUCCAAAAGGAGACCGAGGCUUUGACGGAUCCCCGGGUGUUCCUGGUAACCCAGGUAACCCUGGGUCCCCUGGACGUUCCAUUCCGGGCCCUAAAGGUCUCCAAGGACCACCAGGGCCGCCCGGAAGAGAAGGCCUCCCAGGUCCUGCAGGUCUCCCUGGACCUGAAGGUCCCCGUGGGCCCCCAGGAGGUGGUGGCGUCAAAGGGGAAAAGGGCUUUCCUGGUUCUCCCGGCCAACCAGGCUUCCCCGGACAGAAGGGGGAUCCUGGAACUCCAGGAAUUCCUGGCCCCCCUGGAAAUAGUGGUCUUCCGGGUUUGAAAGGAGACUCUGGAGUGCCUGGUGUUCCUGGGUUUCCUGGACCAAAGGGGGACCCGGGUCCACAGGGUCCCAGUGGUUUUCCUGGAGAUCCUGGGAGUCUGGGACCACCCGGUCUCCCUGGUGAGCCGGCUGUACUACCCCCACCUGGCUAUGUGAAGGGAGUGCGAGGGCCCCCCGGUCCCCCCGGCGGUCCUGGUCCUAAAGGGCUGCCCGGGAAUCCAGGUCAAAAUGGAGAGCCAGGUCCCCCAGGUGCUCCUGGAGAUCCCGGUCUGGACGGUCCUCCUGGUUUCAACGGCCCACCUGGUCUGAAGGGAGACCUCGGACCUCCCGGGCAGCCUGGCCAGCAGGGCAGACCUGGUCCUCAAGGUCCAGAUGGCCCACAGGGUCCUGUUGGUCCAUCAGGAUCCGCGUCGGCCCAUGGCUUCCUCAUCACCCGACACAGCCAGACUCAAGAGGUUCCGUACUGCCCCGACGGCACCAGCCUGAUCUACGACGGCUACUCACUGCUGUACGUUCAGGGCAACGAGCGUGCUCAUGGGCAGGAUCUCGGCACGGCCGGCAGCUGCUUGCGCAGGUUCAGCACCAUGCCCUUCAUGUUCUGCAACAUCAACAACGUUUGCAACUUUGCUUCUCGCAAUGACUACUCCUACUGGCUGUCUACCCCCAACGAAAUGCCCAUGUCCCCCAUCACAGGAGAGACCAUCAAGCCUCACAUUAGCAGAUGUUCGGUGUGUGAAGCUCCCGCCAUGGUGAUCGCCAUCCACAGCCAGACCAUCCAGAUCCCUGAGUGUCCCCAGACCUGGCAGACACUGUGGAUCGGAUAUUCUUUCAUGAUGCACACCAGUGCAGGUGCAGAGGGCUCCGGUCAGGCUCUGGCCUCCCCCGGCUCCUGCCUGGAGAGUUUCCGGAGCUCCCCCUUCAUAGAGUGCCACGGAAGAGGAACGUGCAACUACUACGGAAACUCCUACAGCUUCUGGCUGGCCACCGUGGACUUUUCAGAGAUGUUCAGAAAGCCCGAGCCGGAGACGCUGAAGGCGGGGAACCUGCGCUCGCGCAUCAGCCGGUGUGCGGUCUGCAUGAAAAGGACGCUGACCAAUUUUUAAGCGGGACAGGUCGCUCCGCCUGGAGCAAAGACAGUCGGAUGGUAUGACGGAGGACGUGACGGGAGGGCCCAUCCACCGCCCCCCUCCCACUCCACCUGCUGCUUUGAGGUGGAAUUCCAAAAAUGGCUCGUCUUCCAGAACAACAAUGGUGCUACUGUGCAACACAGCUUCAACAGAUCUGAAGACUGAGUGAACAGACCUUCUUACAGUUAACCUCGGUCUCUAACAAGUACCUCAGAAUGAAAAGAACCCCCCCCAACAUGGUGCCAUGAUGGACGUAUGACCACAAACUCCUCUUUUUUUCUUUUUUUUUGUCUUUGAUGAGGAGCAAACGGUCUCCACGGUUACCAAACCGCACUUUGACUUCCCAACAUCAGGAUGGCAGACGCACUGACGAGACCGCUUGCUGCUUCCUCAUCCCUGUGCUCUUCUUCCUUUCCUUUUAUGUUAGUGUUACUGACGGCCCUGCGCCCCCCCUCCACCGGCCGCUGUGAGAAAUCCCGUGUACAGGAUGUAAAACUCCUCGUUAGCUCGGAGGGUAGACGAAGCUCUUUGCUGUGACGAUUUUAUUUAGCUCACACACAUGCACACACUCUGUCAGACAUGAGUCAUUAUUGUACAGAGCUUUCAUGAAUGAAACAGUAUUUUAUAUAUAAAACUAUAUAUAUGGAAAAAA